GGGGUGGGGGGGUGAAACGGUGCUAGAUCUUCCACUACUCAGAUCAAACCGCUGCGGGAGCACGCGAGCGGCUGCGGGCGGAAAAUGCUCAAGAAGCGUCCGAGCAGGUUGCUGUGAAUCUCCGUGUGAAGAUGGCCUUCUUUCAGAACAACUUCUGGGGGGAGAAGAAUGCCGGCUUUGACGUGCUCUACCACAACAUGAAGCAUGGCCAGCUGGCAACCAAGGAGCUGGCUGAGUUUGUCCGUGAGAGGGCUGCCAUCGAGGAGACUUACUCUAAGUCGAUGAGCAAACUGGCAAAGAUCGCCAGCAAUGGGAGUCCACAGGGGACGUUUGCUCCCAUGUGGGAUGUGUUCAGGGUGUCUUCAGACAAACUGGCCCUCUGCCACCUGGAGCUGAUGAGAAAGAUGAACGACCUCAUCCGGGACAUCAACAAGUACGGAGACGAGCAGGUCAAAGUUCACCGCAAGACGAAGGAGGAGAUGGUGGGGACCGUGGAGGCGGUGCAGGCGCUGCAGGUUCACAGUGGUCACCUUCAGAAGUCCAAGGAGGGCUAUCACGGAAAGUGUUUUGAGCUGGACCGGCUCAGGAAGGACGGGGCUCCACAGAAAGAGGUGGAGAAGGCGGAGCUGAAGUCUAAGAAAGCGGCUGAGUCAUUUGCGUUGAGCAUCGAGAAGUACAACCGAGUGGGAGGAGAGUUUGAGCAGAAGAUGAGCGAGUCUGCCCAGAAGUUUCAGGGAAUCGAGGAGGCUCACCUACGGCAGAUGAAACAGCUGAUCAAAGGCUACUCCCACUCCAUAGAGGACACUCACGUCCAGGUGGGACAGGUGCACGAGGAAUUCAAGCAGAAUGUGGAAAACAUUGGCAUCGAUAACCUCGUUCAGAAGUUUGCAGAGCAGAAGGGAACAGGCAAAGAGAGGCCAGCUCUUGCUGUUUUUGAAGAGUACCUGACGGGCUUGGUACCUGAAGGUGUGAAGAAGAUUCGACCAAAAGCCUUCAGGAUCCCCGGCUUAGGCAAGAGGGACAAGGAGCCAGACUCUACGGAUUCCGCAGUGCCAGAGACGAAUUCACCUCUGGAAGUAGAUGAUGAAGGAUUUGUGAUCCGAGCCGACAGCACCCACAAUGGCUGCUCCGAGGAGAAGGAGAACAACUUCUUCUCCAGUGGCUCAGACUUUGAGGACGAGGAGCCCAAGAAGUUCCACAUCCAGAUCCGACCGGUCGCCACCAGCAGCCGCAGCAACUCUGGCGCCACCGAGAAGGAGCUGAAGGCGACCGUGGGGGCGCUCACCCUGCCGCCCAACCGAGGAGCAAGGCACCAGGUCUCACGCAAGAGUAAUUUUUCCAGAAACUCCAGCAGCGCAGGGGGUCGAUUGGAGGAAGGUGACGCUGCCUCCCACAGGGAUGGCGACCAGGAGGCUAUGCGCAGGUCCACCUCCAGCCCUGAUCACAGCAGGUUGAGCUCCACGGCGUCGGGCUCAGACAGUCUGUUUGGACCUCCGCUGGACUCGGCCUUCAAGUCCAAGAGCUUCGACAGCCGGGAGCAACUCAGAGAGCAGAACAAGUUCCGCGCAUCUGAAUAUGCUGCCUUCUCAUCUGACUCCUCCUCUCCUGAGAACGUGGAGGACUCUGGUCUGGACUCUCCUUCCCAUCAGCCCCUUGGGCCCUCGCCAGAGCCGGUGGGCUGGGCAGCAUGGCCUCCCGUGUCCCAGAGUAAAGAUCAACCUCAGACUCAAACGCUGGGUCGGCCUGUGGACCCUUUCCUCUCUGUCUUCCGUGACCCCUCCCCCGGUGGCAGCCCUUACCCCCAAGAGGACCCUUCCAGCGUCUGGUCCGUUGCCCCAUCGCGUCCUUCUCGUGUGCCCCCCGACAUGGACCCCUCAGCGAUUCAGUUUCCUCCCUUUUCUCAAUCCCUCCCCCCGCCUGAGAUGGAGUCGUCUGUGUGGAACUGUAAACACAUCCCCCCCGAGGAUCCCUUCCUCGCUGCGUUUGAGAGGACCGUCACCCAGGAGACCAUAAACCUGUCUGACGCCUGGGCGCGCCCACCGCCUCGCUCGACCCAGGAGAGCAGGGGGAAGGAGGUGAGAGGGGACCCGUUCUCCAUGAACACCACUGAAACUAAGAAACACCCGACCUCCUCCUCCUCCUCGUCCUCCUCCUCCACUCGUAGAGACAGAGACAGGAAACGAGAUCGCAGCCUUCCUCCUCCCGUUUCCUCCGAUGACCCGUUUGCCAUCACGAUGAUCGGCAGCCCCACGCACCAGUCGACCCUGGCAGCAGCAGCUGGAUUAAUCCCACUGCACAGCACCAGCAGCAGCAGCAGCCACAUGGGAAGCAGCUCUGUGGGCAGCAGCAGACUGGGACUUGACUCUAACUCAGGCUCUUUGCCCACAGCUCAGACAAAGAAGGAGCUGAUGCACUGGAACUCGCUCCACAACCCGUUCAGCGAGAGCGUCUCCAAAACACAGGAGGGGGGAGGCAAAGGAGAGGGGGGGGCAGGAGGGGAGAGGAGAAAACAUCGGUCAUCGGAGAACGAGCCACGCAGGAACGCCCCCCCGCUCACCAGGCACUCGGGCCCACAGGAGGACCUGUGUUUCUCGACUGACAAGGACCAGGACUGCCUGGAUCUCAACACUCAGAUCACCUGCAGCCUCAGCUCCCACAAGGGGUCCAAGCACAACUUCAGACAGGACACAGCUGAGGCGGUCGCAGCUGCUCCUCAGAGAGCGCCCCGGGUCAAGAGGAGCUCGGGAAGAAUCAGCAGCUAUGAGAGGUCGCGCUCCCUGUGCUCGUCCCCUCUGCCGGAGCCCAGCCCCUCCCUCACCUCCUCCUCCUCCUCCAGUCCCAGUGAGUGGGGGCCUCAGGCCAGAGACACCGAGUGGGGGGGUCCCAACCGACCUCCCAGUCCUCCCAGGGCGGGGCAGGCCUCGCCGCUGCCCUACCAGCACCAGGACCACCAGCAGAGGCCGUUGCACCUGUCCAGAGGUCCCAGUCCCAUUUCCCUCAGCACACAGGAGGCCUGGCCAGUGGCAGCAGCCAUAACUGAGUACAUCAACGCCUACUUCAAAGGUGGACAGCAUAACCGCUGUCUGGUGAAGAUCACCGGGGACCUGACCAUGUCCUUCCCAGCAGGCAUCACCAGGAUCUUCACGGCCAACCCCAACGUCCCCGUCCUCAGCUUCCGGCUGGUCCACAUGUCCAGGAUCGAUCACUUCCUGCCAAAUCAGAAGCUGCUCUUCAGUGACCCGUCUCAGAGCGACCCGGACACCAGGGACUUCUGGUUCAACAUGCAGGCUCUGCAGAUCUACCUGCAGAGAGAGGCUGAGCUCAACCCCCAGGCUUCUUAUUACAACGUGGGCCUGCUGAAGUAUCAGGUGUCCUCUCAGGAUCCGGGCCGAGCUCCUCUCCUGCUGUCGGCCGAGUGUCAGCGGAGCGGCACCGUGACCCGAGUGUCUCUGGAUUACCACUGCUGCCCGGCCACCGCCCCCUCCACCCAGCUCACCGCCGUCCAGGUGCUGCUUCCGUUAGACCACACGGCCACCGACCUGCAGUGCCAGCCGCCGGCCUCCUGGAACGUAGAAGAGAGACGGCUGCUGUGGAAACUCCCCAACCUCUCGCCGACCAAUCACAGUAAAGGCUCAGGGACCCUGUGUGCCAGCUGGCAGUGCCUGGAGGUUCCCCGCGGCCCCCCACCCAGCCUGGCCGUGCAGUUCGAGGGCUCCGGGGCGUCGCUGUCGGGCAUGGACGUGGAGCUGGUGGGAAGCCGCUACCGCAUGUCGCUGGUCAAGAAGAGAUUCGCCACAGGGAAGUACAUGGCCGGCUGCUCCUUGUGAAUCACGCGCCCUCUCUGGCGGGUGAGAGAACUGCGUCGGAGUCGAGGAGAUGAUCGGUGGUGACGAGGAGGCUCCAGCUCGGCCUCGAGGACAAUGUGCACUUAACUUCUGAUGGUGUCCUGCAGCUUUAGGACCAAGCCUUUCCCCUUUCCUUCCUCUUCUCCUCCUCCUCUUAAUUUAAGUCGUGUGUUGUAACUCGCUCCUCCUUCCUCUCCCCGGAGGGAAAGUCUUUCUUCUCUCCCUGGACGCUCCUCUGCUCACAUCCUGCUCUGUGUGCCUUUGUAGGUAGAGACUGCAAACUCCACUGGAGGUCAGAGCUUUCCUUGAGCUACAGAGGAAAGUAAAAUACAGAGCGAUCGAGUCCUUUGUGAUCGAGACCUGAGACAAACAGAACCGUUUGUGAACCUGCUGUUUGUUUCCAUUAGAGGUUUUUGUGACGUUGAUAUUUGAUUAAAAAAAUAAAUAAAUGUGCUCAAUGGU